ACUCCAAUGUGGAGGCGGUGCAUGGCACUGUUGCCAUGAUCUUUUUCAAAUUGUUGACUUUCUCCGCCCUUUGGUGUUGCUUGGUCGUGGUGAAUGGCAAAUGUUUGCGGUGGAAGAAGAAGGGAGCAUAGGGAGUGCUGACGGUUUCUGAUUUGGCUCUAAACUAGCUAAGGAACUUAACAAAAAACUCUUAAAAAUGUUCAGUUUCAGUAUCUGAAGAUAAUGAAAUCCCAUGAAUCUGAGAAAAACUAUUUUACAUAAUAGAUAGAUAUCCGAAAAGCUAUCAAAUCUUCAAAGCUAUAUUUUCCAGCCAACAGUAGUUUGCGAAAAAGCUAGUUUGCCAACUCUGAGGCCAGCCAGCACGUGUGAACAACAAAAAUGACUGAUUUUGACAAAUAUUUGGAAGAAGCAGUCACCAAGGACCUGCCCAGCUCCGAGGACGAAGCAGACAUCAAAGACGAGGACACCUGUAGCAUUCAAGAGCUUGCCGCCAAUUUCCGGCUGCAGUACAAGCCGCAAGAUGAAUCGGUGGUUUCGCUGAAGCGGGACUAUGUACUGAGUCUAGGUGCAGACCACAGAUUCACCCGGAUAGCUGCCGGUCUGUCCAGCACAGCCGUUCACAUCUACGAUCUGGAGACGGCCGGAGGACUGAAAACCCUGCAAGAUGUACCCGCCAAAGAAAAGACCGAAACGGGCGCUACCAUCUGUGGAGUGCAGUUCCUCGAUGAGGGCUCCGAUGCCCUACUUGUGGGCACCACUGAUGGAAUGGUGCGUCUCUUUGACCUACGCACCUCAGGCGAGCAGGCCAGAUUCGAGUACCAAAGCGAUCCAGAGGCACAAUUCCCACAGGUGCCCAAAUCCCUAACAUGCUUUGAUCGGAAUGCCAAUAGCAGAAUUAUUUGCUGCGGCACGGAGCAAUACAUCGGCAGUGUCCAUCUACUGUUCUUCGAUGUGAGAGAGCGCAAGCAACUGGGUGGCUUCUACGAGAGCCACCAGGAUGAUGUGACCUCAGUGCGCUUCCACGAUCGAAAUCCAGAUAUGCUCUGCACCGGAGGCACCGAUGGCCUCAUCAAUUUGUUUGACAUCAAACAGACCGACGAGGACGAGGCCCUGCAGAUCACGAUCAAUACGGAGAGUAGUGUGCACCGACUGAACUGGCAUCGUAACGUCUACGACAAGGACAUCAUCUCGUGUAUUACCCAUACCAAUGAUUUUAAGAGCUACGAGUGCGAGGAAGGCGACGAGGUGGCUUCGUUUGAACGGUCCGAUAUCACUGAGGCUAUUCGACGCAAGAAUGCGGGUAAUUUCAACUUGAUAAAUGCCCAUAAUCUGGAGGACAAUGGCGUGUUCCUUUUGGCAGGCACUAACUACAAUCGCGGAGAGAUCCUGCGCUCUGUGAGCGUCCUAUCCAAAGAAAAGCUCGAACCAUUGGCCAAUUUCGCUGGUAAUAAGCAAAUCGUUCGGGACAGUCUAUUCGAUGCCAAGCGCCAGCUGCUGGUGACGGGCGGCGAGAGCGGCAUUGUUAGCGUUUGGACGCAGGAUGCCACUGGAAACGUGAGCAACAGUGGCAAGCUGAAAACCAAGAUAAAAUCCCACAAAAAGACGCCGUAUUAAAUAUAACAGUACACAUUAUAUGUUUUUAAAUAAUGGAGAGUUCCAACAGAUGUUGUUUUGGACUAGUUUUGGCCUUUAUUGGUGCAUUAGAUGACAAACAUUUUCUCAGUUCUAUAACAUCCAUUUCCCCAGGGUAUGCAAAAUGUUGCUCAAUCCGGGUCUUGUAAAUAUACAUAUCUCGAUCCCGA